CCACAACAUUAUCUCCAGCUUCAAGAAAUGGCUAAAUUGUCGAUUUCUUUCUCCCAAAGUAAGAUGAUAAUGUCAACCAUUGUUGCCUAUAUUCUCAUACUUUCUGUAGUUCCUUUUUCGGAAGCGGUGUUGAGUGCGCAUUAUUACGAUCAAACAUGUCCACAUGCCGAGAAUAUUAUUUACCAAACAGUUCGUAAUGCCUCUAUCUACGACCCUAAAGUCCCCGCUCGCCUCCUACGCAUGUUCUUCCAUGACUGUUUCAUAAGGGGAUGUGAUGCAUCGCUGUUGCUUGACUCAACUGCAGGAAACAAGGCAGAAAAAGAUGGACCUCCAAAUAUCUCAGUUCGAUCAUUUUAUGUAAUUGAUGAUGCCAAAACAAAACUCGAAAAGGCAUGUCCUCAUACAGUUUCGUGUGCAGACGUAAUAGCAAUUGCUGCAAGAGAUGUAGUAGCAAUGUCUCAAGGUCCAUGGUGGAAUGUACUUAAAGGAAGGAAAGAUGGGCGAGUAUCGUUAGCUAACGAAACUAUAAACUUGCCAUCUCCAUUUUCGAAUACCUCAACACUUAUUAAGAGUUUUGCUAAAAGAGGAUUAGGGGUCAAAGAUUUGGUUGCACUUUCAGGUGGACAUACUCUAGGGUUUUCACAUUGUUCAUCUUUUAGUGCUCGACUACACAACUUUAGCACUGAGAACUUUUCGGAUCCUAGCAUUAACAGUGAGUUUGCUAUGAAUUUGAAGAAGAAAUGCCCCAUACAUAACAAGGAUCACAAUGCAGGAGAGUUCUUAGACUCAACUUCUUCAACAUUUGAUAAUGACUAUUACAAAAGAAUUACUAUGGGUAAGGGUGUGUUUGGAUCAGACCAAGCUCUGUAUGAAGAUCAAAGAACAAGAUCAAUUGUGGACUCAUUUGCCAAAGACAUGAAUCUGUUCUUCAGAGAAUUUGCAAUUUCCAUGGUCAAACUUGGAAAUGUUGGUGUCAUAGAAAAUGGCGAAAUUAGAGUUAAAUGUAGCAUCGUGAAUUGAUGCGUGAGAAAGAAAGAGAGAGCGAUUUGGAGAAGGAAGAGAGGGAUUUAAAAGUUUUCAACUUCAUAAAAAUUUGUCGUUCAUCUUGUUGUAUGUAAUAAAAUAAAUAAACAGUACUGGGGUUAUUGGUACCGGUUGAAAAUUUCCACUA